GGCCGCAGUCCGUGCAGAUACAGACAUACUUAAGCACUGACAUCAGCCAGGACAGCACUCACACGCUCUACAGUUAAAGGACAUCUCCCCCUCGCCGAAGAGGUGACACUCGAGAAACGUCAUUUGUCAACCAUCCACGGACUCAGUUUUUAUUAUUAUUAUUAUUAUUUUUAUAUAUAGCUAUAUAUAUAUAGCUACAUAUAUAUUUUAUUAAGAAGACAGAGACUGUCCGGGUUUUUCCUUCUCCUCGCCGUUCUUCGGGGACAAUGAGGAGCAGAUCCGAAGUUUGAGCGACUCCAGACUGAUCGCGGUCAUUUACGCUCCGCUCCGAGGCUGUCCGUGUUGAUUAGCGCUGUUAUUUAGCAAACAGAACAAGAAGAAGAAGAAGACGUGCGGGUAGUUCUGUUCUUGUUGAAUUGUAGCCGCUUUUUCCUCCCCUGAAGGAUGGUGCUAGACAAGGAGGAGAGCGUGUCUGUCGUUCCCCUCCAGUCCAGAGAGAAGCCAAGAGGCUGUGCCGGCUGCAAUGGGAAGAUCAGGGACCGCUUCAUGCUCCAGGCGUUAGACAGGUUCUGGCAUGAAGACUGUCUGAAGUGUGCCUGCUGCGACUGCCGCCUGGGACGGAUCGGCUCCACCCUGUACACCCGGGCAAAUCUUAUCCUCUGCCGCAGAGACUACCUGAGGCUCUUCGGGGUGACGGGGAACUGCGCGGCCUGCAGUAAGCUGAUCCCUGCCUUUGAGAUGGUGAUGAGAGCCAGAGACAACGUCUACCAUUUAGACUGCUUCGCCUGUCAGCUCUGCCGCCAGAGAUUCUGCGUGGGAGACAAGUUCUUCCUCAAGAACAACAUGAUCCUGUGCCAGCUGGACUACGAAGGAGGCCAUCUUAAUGGAGGCUCCGACAGACAGCUACAAUGAGAGUGACCCGAGGAUCUUUUCUAUUUUCUUCGCUCACAGCAGAUCUGGAGAGGGACCACUGUGAGCCAGCUGGACCAUGAAACUCACAGCAGCACACUGCUCAUCAGCGUCUCGCUUCAAACCGAACUCUGAGGAAUGUAAAAAAAAGAAGACGAAGAAAAUCUCAGAUUGGACACGUCCGCCGCGGCCGAUGUUUGAACUCUAUGCUGCAGAGCUGCGUGGUUCAGUUCCCUAAAAAACUGACCGUUCCGAUCAGAUGAGCUCGAGGUCAGCCAGGAAGUGAAACCGGAGAAACCCUGAAGAGGACGUUUCCCACAAUGCUUUUUAUGGACCGCGAGCUGGAGCGCUGCGGAUUCUGACAAUAAUUUGAGGAGUUUGUUUAAAAAAACCCAAAAAACAACAGCAGCAACAAAAACGAAUGAAGACGAAUGAAGUGAGUCGGGAAAGGAAUCAGGAGCUGCAAGACUGCCGGAGUCUCCUGGCUGUCAUUUUUGGAGGAAAACAAAAUAAUAAUAACAGUAAAAUAAAUAAACGAAUAAAAGUUAGAUUUCCAGCCCAGUUUAAUUAUAUUCAAACUGUUUCCCUUGCUGCUUUUUUUUUUUGUCUUGAUUUAUUAAACUGGAAUUAAAUCACAGCUUGUCUGCCUUUGAUUUAUGUUAUGCACCAACAUCACUACAUGUGACAUCGUAGG